AUGGCUCAUAGUUCAAGCCUGUCUGCACCAUUGAAAUGUAGCGUUUGUCUGGACGUGUGCAUGCCUGGUGAGAUUCAACAAUGUAAAAAUGGUCAUAAUAUUUGCGCCUCGCAUCUUCCUCAUCUCCGCGACUGUCCUAUUUGUCGGAUUCCAUUUUCGCACGGAUUGGCCCGCAACUUGGUGGCGGAAUAUCUUGUCGGUCUCCCUGUUGAAAGGAGAAGUCAGCAAGUUGAAGACAUGGCGAGAAAAAUUGCAUCAAUCGUGACCACCCCCACCGUCCACUCCUCGGUAGGAUUGUCGAGCAACAAUUUUCCAUACAAUGUCACAAUUGUGAUCAGUCCGAGCAGUAACAACGCUGGAAAUGAUGACAAUAUUUCAUGCAAAUACACUGCGGAGGGUUGUACUUAUCGAAAUGCAGCCAGUCAUAUGCAGCAGCAUGAGAUAAAUUGCGAUUAUCGACCAAUUAAAUGCUGCCUGAAAACGGAGAGGUGUUGUUACAAUGGUCAAAUACCAUUUUCAGAAUAUAUUCAGCAUCUCAUAACUACUCAUAAUGUCAAAUGUUUUGAAGGAUCCCCUUGCUUGAUUAUUUAUUAUGUGAAGGAGGAUCGCAAAUUGGUUCAGGACGGACCAACCGAUCUCGUAAUAUUGGAAGUCGACAAGAACAAGUUUUUGGUCAGGGCGAAACAAGUUGAAGACAGGGUUUACAUCUGGGUCGCAUUUCAUGGAGCACCACAGGACGGUUGUAAAUAUAUGGCAACGAUUAAGUUUGACUUCCCUGAUGAUGACGAUGAUUGUCGUAAAAUCCAAGAAAAUGGUGGAGAUGUAAGUUAA